GUGAAAAUAGGUCAGAAGAAAGCCCACUUAAUGGAAAUUCAACUUAAUGGUGGUACUAUCGAACAAAAGGUUGAUUGGGCUUAUGAAAAAUUCGAAAAAGAAGUUGAUAUUUGCUCAGUUUUUGAACAAGAUGAGCUUAUCGACGUUAUUGGUGUCACUAAGGGUAAAGGUUUCGAAGGUGUGACUCAUCGUUGGGGAACGAAGAAACUUCCUCGCAAGACCCAUAAAGGUCUACGAAAGGUCGCUUGUAUUGGUGCAUGGCAUCCUUCAAGAGUCAUGUAUUCUGUUCCACGUGCUGGUCAAAAUGGUUAUCAUCACAGAACCGAGGUUAACAAGAAGAUUUAUCGCAUUGGAAAAGAGAAACAGAUUACACCGUUAGGUGGAUUCCCUCAUUAUGGCGUUGUGAACGAAGAUUU